UUGCCCCUCCUCCUACGCGGUGCGGUCCCAGGGAGGGCGUUUUGCCAGUGGUUCUGCCCUAUAAUGUGACGCUAGAGUCCGGCAAGCGGGAGGCGAGGAGUCCGGUGUUGUUCUGGAGCGCUUUAAAAACAAAAAUAACGUCUGUUUUAAAACACGGUGUGCUGUAAGGCUUGACAGCCUGAUCUGGUCCUACGACUGCCCAACACAACUGGCCAACCUAGAUCCCUCCGUGCAGUAACACUCUACAGGCCAGAGGCUAGCUAGUGCACAACAACACAGAGUGUGAUCCUCUCCACACUACUUAGUGUGCAUCUGUAUGUGACUGAGAGGGAGGUACUGAGUACCCGUGUGUGACUGUACUGUAUUUGAGGAUAUUUCUCCCAGAGGACCCCGUCCUUCCCUACGUCAUCAUCAAGAUGAACGUGACGUCGCUAUUCUCCUUCACCAGCCCGGCGGUGAAGAGGCUGCUGGGAUGGAAACAGGGGGAUGAGGAGGAGAAGUGGGCGGAGAAGGCAGUGGAUGCCCUAGUGAAGAAACUGAAGAAGAGGAAGGGAACGAUGGAGGAGCUGGAGAAGGCUCUCAGCUGUCCCGGACAGCCCAGUAAGUGUGUGACCAUCCCUCGGUCGUUGGACGGUCGUCUCCAGGUAUCCCAUCGUAAAGGUCUCCCCCACGUCAUCUACUGCAGAGUGUGGAGGUGGCCCGACCUACAGUCUCAUCACGAACUCAAGGCCUUGGAGUGCUGCCAAUUCCCUUUCACGGCCAAACACAAAGAUGUCUGUAUCAACCCCUACCACUAUAAGAGAGUGGACAGUCCUAUGCUGCCCCCUGUCCUGGUCCCUAGGAACAGCGACCUCACAGCGAGGCCGGGGAUGCAGCCCCGUUACCAUGGCGCCAUCGACCAGAACGAGCCUCUCAUGCCCCACAACGCCACUUUCCCAGAAUCCUUCCCUCCAGGCGGGGGCGGCAACGGAGGGUUGGCGUUCCCUUGUUCCCCUGGCAACAGCUUCCCCAGUUCGCCCGGCAGUGGGUCCAGCAGUAUCUCCGCGUUCCCCCACUCCCCACUUAGCUCUGACCCAGACAGCCCCUUCCAUGUCCCGGCUGACACCCCGCCCCCAGCCUACAUGCCUCCAGAUGAUUAUCUCAUUCAGGACUGCUCCCAGCCAAUGGAAACCAACCUCCUCGCCAUGCCAACCGGCCUGGAUACCCACAACAGGCCAGAUGUUCAGCCAGUAGCCUACGAGGAACCGAAACACUGGUGUUCUAUAGUGUACUAUGAGCUGAAUAACCGCGUGGGUGAGGCGUACCUGGCGUCAGACUCCAGUGUUCUGGUCGACGGCUUCACCGACCCGUCCAAUAACCGCAACCGCUUCUGCCUCGGCCUGCUGUCUAACGUCAACCGCAACUCGACCAUAGAGAACACACGCAGGCACAUCGGCAAAGGUGUCCAUCUCUACUACGUAGGAGGUGAGGUGUAUGCAGAGUGUCUGAGUGACACCAGUAUCUUCGUUCAGAGUCGUAACUGUAACUAUCACCACGGUUUCCACCCCACCACGGUGUGUAAGAUCCCGAGUGGCUGCAGUCUGAAGAUCUUUAACAACCAGGAAUUUGCCCAGCUACUGGCCCAGUCAGUGAACCACGGCUUUGAGGCUGUUUACGAGCUCACCAAGAUGUGUACCAUACGCAUGAGCUUCGUCAAGGGUUGGGGUGCAGAGUACCACCGCCAGGACGUGACCAGCACCCCCUGCUGGAUAGAAGUGCACCUGCACGGCCCUCUACAGUGGCUGGACAAAGUCCUCACACAGAUGGGCUCUCCCCAUAACGCCAUAUCCUCCGUGUCUUAACACACACACACACACACACAGCCUCUCGACGCCACAUGUUCAAAUGUUAUUUUUGUAACUUCUUUUUUAAUUUUUUUAAAUCUGCUGAGAGAGAAAAAAAACACAACACAACGUUAUUCAUCAUCCCAUAUUACAAUAUCUGUCUUGACUGGAGUAGCCCAGAGAAUCAGCUAUGGAUAGCUAGGCUAAAUGAGGCCACAUGCUGCAAUUUCUCCCCAACCCCAUUCAGAUGAGAAAACAUCAGCCUUCCUAUUGGUUACUCCCAACCCCAUUCAGAUGAGAAAACAUCAGCCUUCCUAUUGGUUACUCCCAACCCCAUUCAGAUGAGAAAACAUCAGCCUUCCUAUUGGUUACUCCCAACCCCAUUCAGAUGAGAAAACAUCAGCCUACCUAUUGGUUACUUCCAACCCCAUUUUUGCUAACUUUGAGUUCCCAUAUGUUAUUCCAUCUUGCAUUAGUGAACUCACUCCACUUGCGUCACAUUGAGCCUCUUUGAUUGGCCAACAUAACAACAAGCUACACAGUAAAGGCUACCGGUCUUUUUUACGGGACCACGUUAUAAAAACUACCAUGAAAAGUUAGUGAAUUAUCUGAUAUUUCAUGGUAUAUCCUUGUAUGUAACAAUGUCACAUGGGUCAUUUUAAUUUACCAUGACCAAGCUGGACAAUCAGGACUGCGGGAUUAUCUGGCCUCAAUCGGGGCCGAGACAUCUGUGAUCGGCUAGCCCUGCCUGGACUCAAUCGGGACCGAGACAUCGUCUGUGAUCGGCUAGCUCUGCCUGGCCUCAAUCAGGACCGAGACAUCAUCUGUGAUCGGCUAGCACUGCCUGGCCUCAAUCAGGACCGAGACAUCAUCUGUGAUCGCCUAGCACUGCCUGGCCAGCCAGGACAAUCGUGGAAUCUUUUCUUAAUUGGAUUUGCUCAACUCCUACGUCCUCUCGCCUCUUUUUGUAAAAGGUCAAAGGGUAAUCAAGAGGCGUCGAGGAGAGGGAACAUGGGACGAAAAUGCGCGUGUAUGAAAUGAGACUCCUGGUCCACUCGCAUGUCAUCAGGCAAAUGAUUUGCAUCCCAAUUAAAACAUGUAAAGUGAACAGAACAAAUUAUGCUAGUUGUGAAGUACAUGUUCUAGAUAAAACUAUAAGUAGUAUAUUGUUUUUAAACUGAGGCAUGUUUUUCUCCUGUGACAAAACAAAAGCUGAUUCAAAGGGUGGGGGGUUGAUUUCAAAACUCUUCUGUGAAGGACGAAGGUAGGACACACGUGACUGUCCUCCAUGAGAGGUGGCUGUCGAGGAGGGGAGGGACGGUCUUCCGUUCGCCUGCUAACGAAUUGCCAUCUCCUUGACUACCUAUUGGUUUCUGGGGUCACGGAGGAGAGAGGGUGGAGGAUGGACUUUUGCCCAAAUGAGAAAAGGUCCUUUCCAGUGCGUUUAUAUUCAUCUUUAUAUUCAGGUUAUGUCCCAAAUGGAACACUUGUUCCCUUUUUAUAGUGCACUACUUUAACCCCAAUGGACCCUGGUCAAUAGUAGUGGACUAUAAAUGUAAGAAGGGUAUCAUUUGGUUGUUGUGUCACUACAGUAGUAUAUGUUGUAUCCCAAAUGGUCCCAUAUUCCCUAAUAUAGUGCAGUGUCUUGGACCAGGGUAGGGCACGAUGUGUAGGAAAUAGGGGCCAUAGUAGAAGGUGAAACUUUGAUAUUUUUGACGUAUUAAGAUGUAUCUGUAUGUUUUUAUUCGUCAGCUAUGACUACUAGUCCAUGUUUAUCCCAAAUGGCACCCUAUUCCCUACAUAGUGCACUACUUUAGACCCUGGCCUAUAGGGCACCCUACUCCCUACAUAGUGCAUGACUUUAGACCCUGGCCUAUAGGGCACCCUACUCCCUACAUAGUGCAUGACUUUAGACCCUGGCCUAUAGGGCACCCUAUUCCCUACAUAGUGCACUACUUUAGACCCUGUCCUAUAGGGCACCCUAUUCCCUACAUAGUGCACUACUUUAGACCCUGGCCUAUAGGGCACCCUAUUCCCUACAUAGUGCACUACUUUAGACCCUGACCUAUAGGGCACCCUACUCCCUACAUAAUGCACUACUUUAGACCCUGGCCUAUAGGGCACCCUACUCCCUACAUAGUGCAUGACCUUAGACCCUGGCCUAUAGGGCACCCUAUUCCCUACAUAGUGCAUGACUUUAGAUCCUGGCCUAUAGGGCACCCUAUUCCCUACAUAGUGCACUACUUUAGACCCUGGCCUAUAGGGCACCCUAUUCCCUACAUAGUGCACUACUUUAGACCCUGGCCUAUAGGGCACCCUAUUCCCUACAUAGUGCACUACUUUAGACCCUGACCUAUAGGGCACCCUACUCCCUACAUAAUGCACUACUUUAGACCCUGGCCUAUAGGGCACCCUACUCCCUACAUAGUGCAUGACCUUAGACCCUGGCCUAUAGGGCACCCUAUUCCCUACAUAGUGCAUGACUUUAGAUCCUGGCCUAUAGGGCACCCUAUUCCCUACAUAGUGCACUACUUUAGACCCUGGCCUAUAGGGCACCCUAUUCCCUACAUAGUGCACUACUUUAGACCCUGGCCUAUAGGGCACCCUAUUCCCUACAUAGUGCACUAC